AAUUGGAUUUCCAGCACUAAGAACAAAACCUCUGUUUGGGUUCUGUCCGUGUGUAUCUUGUUCCCUUGGGUCACAGAGGUCUAAGUGCUUUCCUCUCCAUAGUAAGGCAGAAACCUGUCUUUUGUGACUGUCUUCCCAUUACCAGUAGCCUGAAGGGAAAAGCCAGCUAAGGUCUCCUAUCUCUGCUCCAACCUUUGGGAAGGCAACCCCGCCUUCUGUGAGUUGCUUUCAUGGAGUGCUGGGAGUUCAGUCUGGAGCCUCAUAGGCAGUAUCUACUGCUGAGCUACAUGCUCAGCCCCAGCAUUUUUCUUCCUCAGUGAAGAAAUAUCUAACCAAGGUUUUUUUAAAAAAUCAUGCUAGAUUGAACCCAGCCUGGUAGUAUUUUUACUCCCAGCACUUGGAAAGCCUAGACAAGAAGAUCUCUGUGAGUUCCAGUGUUCAGUCAUUAAGUGUGGGUUUGCCUUUUUUGUUGUUUUGUUUCGAUUUGGUUUUUGGCUUUUUCAAGACAGUGUUUCUCUGUGUCGCCCCAGCUGUCCUGGAUCUUUCUCUGUGGACCAGGCUGGCUUUAACUCAGAGAUCCGCCUGCCUCUGCUUCCCAAGUGCUGGAAUUAAAGGUGUGUGCCACCACUGCUUGGAUUGUUGGGUUUUAUGAUCACAGUCUACUAACAGUUUACUUGAAGAGAACACCAGAAAUACUCAUUUCCGGUGGAUAUUAGGGUGGAGCAAGGGAGGAAAGAGAGAACAAGGCUGGAGUGAAAUGGGUAAGGUGAAAAAUGAGGGGAAGAAAAAGGAACAAGACAGUAUCUGCGACACCCAAGGGACACUGUUUGCUGACUCCAGAUGAGGAUCACAGCUGUGACAGCCACUCCCUGUGCCUCUUAUAGCCGUGCUGCUUUUCCAGUCAAUCACUCCACAGGCCAGACCGCUGUGUGCUUCCCAGGCCCAGGCUGACUCUCAACCUCUGAGAAGCUUGCCGUCCCCCACCUGUAGGAAUCCUUCACUCAUUCUAACUUGAAUCAAUGUUUAUCCCAAGUGUGUUUGACCACAGGUUGAGAGAGCAUUCCCUCAGGGUGUGUCUGUGUCAUGCAGCCUCUUGGCAGGAGGACAUACUCACAGUGUGGUGUCUGCUCAGAGCUCCUUGGCAGGGUGACUGGUGACCUGCUCAUCCCUUGUCUGUUCCUAGGGUGGAAAGGCUGCUCUAACACCAUGGGGAGCUGCUGUAGCUGCCUGGACAGAAACAGCGUGCCACACAACCACCCCACCAAGUUCAAGGUGACUAAUGUGGACGAUGAAGGGGUGGAACUGGGCUCAGGGGUGAUGGAGCUGACCCAGAGUGAGCUGGUGCUGCACCUGCAGCAGCGGGACGCUGUCCGCUGGCCCUACCUCUGCCUGCGGCGCUAUGGCUAUGACUCCAACCUCUUCUCCUUUGAGAGUGGCCGCCGCUGUCAGACGGGCCAGGGGAUCUUUGCUUUCAAGUGCUCUCGGGCUGAGGAAAUCUUCAACCUGCUGCAGGACCUUAUGCAGUGUAACAGCAUCAACGUGCUGGAAGAGCCAGUUAUCGUCACACGGAACAGCCAUCCCCCAGAGCUCGACCUUCCUCGAGGACCCUCACAACCCACUGGCUACACUGUCUCCAGCCUCUCCAAUGGCUGCCCUGGCUGCCCUGGAGAGGGCACACGGUUCUCCGCUCCCCGCCGACCCUCCACAAGCAGUCUCCGACAUCCUACGCUUGGGGAAGAGUCUACCCACACCCUCAUUGGCUCCGAUGAGCAGUCCCACACCUAUGUCAACACACCAACUGGUGAAGAAGACCACCGCAGGAGUCGCCACUGCCUGCAGCCACUGCCUGAGGGCCGGGCACCCUUCCCACAGACCCGGGUUUCCGACCAGCGGGACCCGCAGGUGUUCUUACAGCCAGGGCAGGUCAAGUUUGUGUUGGGCCCCACCCCGGCUCGGCGGCAGGCGAUGAAGUGCCAAAGCCUGUGUCCCAACAUGAAUGACCCUCCCCAUCACAACAACAACGAGGGCCCUUCUGAGUGCCCAGCCCAGCCCAAAUGCACCUAUGAGAAUGUCAGCGGGAGCUUGCGGCAAGCAGCUGGCUGGAGACUGAGCCCAGAGGAGCCAGGGUGGAAUGGCCUGGCCCACCGUAGGGCCGCACUACUGCACUAUGAGAACCUGCCCCCGCUUCCCCCUGUGUGGGAGAGCCAAGCUCAGCAGCUGGGCCUGGAGGCCGGGGAUGAUGGGGACUCCAGGGAUGGGCUUACACCAUCCUCAAAUGGCUUCCCCGAUGGUGAGGAGGAUGAAACCCCACUACAGAAACCUACCAGCACCCGGGGCUCCUCUGUCCGUAGCCACAGCAACUUCCCUGUCCCACUGACCCGCCACCGAGGCUCCCCAAGAGUCUUCAACUUUGAUUUCCGCCGGCCUGGCCCUGAGCCCUCAAGGCAGCUCAACUACAUCCAGGUGGAGCUCAAGGGCUGGGGCACAGACCGUCCCAAGGGGCCCCAGAACCCCGCAGUGUCGGGAGCUCCUGGGCCCACCCCACACCCUGCUCGCAGCUCAGACUCCUAUGCCGUGAUUGACCUCAAGAAGACCGUGGCCAUGUCCAACCUGCAGAGGGCUCUGCCCCGAGAUGAUGGCACUGUUAGGAAGACUCGGCACAACAGCACCGACCUGCCUCUGUAGACCUGGUCCUCCCCCGCCCACCUCCUGCAGGGAGACCUCCACCUCGCCCACCAGCCCUGGACUCAGCUGCUUUGCAGACACUGGGGCAGACCAGAUGCUUCUCUGCAUUGCUGGAGUCCCCACAGAUGUCAGCCACUGAGUGUCCAGUUCCCCGAGCUGGGGAGAGGAGAGAGUGAGCUGGAGAGGAGGGAGCCAUGGUGUAAACUGUGAAGGGUUCCCAAGGUUGCAUUUUGCACCCUUCCCUAAUGUCCAUUUGUCUAGUCUGUCAGCUGUCUGUCUGUCUGUGUUUAUGUGUUUUCUCUUUUUUCUG